GAGAGGGAAGCGCUGGCUGGAGGCGUUUCCGCCCGGCCGGCCGAGCAGCUCGCGGAGCCCGCGGCGGGCGAUGCCGCGGAGCGAGACCCACUGGGGCGCGGACCGGCAGCCCCCGGCGCGGCGGGGGAGGCUUUGACAGCUGCGGCCCCGUAGACCCGGGACGGAGAGCCGAGCUCGCCUGCGCUGCGCCUGCCGGGUCCCGGGGCCGCUGGCGCGGGCAGCCACGGACCUGAGCCCCCGGGAGGGAGGGGGCACCCGGAGGUAGCUGCACUCACUUCUCUCUGUGCUUUUGACAGCUCAGCUCGGUCCUACUUGGAGAAAGUCAAAUGCCCCUUUUUAACUCUCUCUUCGAAACUCAGCUCCCGAGCGAGACUGAGUUAAUUGAGGAUUGGAGGCCAUUGUGCUGAAGAUGAAGAAUAUACCAUACUAGAGGAGUUUGUUUUUUUUUCCUUUUUAAAGUUUUGCUUGGUGGCUUGCCCCCUCCCAGUUGAGUCUGUUUAUUUCAUCAGAAAUGAUUUUUACAAUCUCAAGAAAAAGUAUGUCCCAGAAAUUGAGUUUACUGUUGCUUGUAUUUGGACUCAUUUGGGGAUUGAUGUUACUUCACUAUACUUUUCAACAACCACGACAUCAAAGCAGUGUCAAAUUACGUGAACAAAUACUUGAUUUAAGCAAAAGAUAUGUGAAAGCUUUAGCAGAAGAAAAUAAGAAUACAAUGGAUGUUGAGAAUGGUGCUUCAAUGGCAGGAUAUGCGGAUCUAAAAAGAACAAUUGCUGUCCUCUUGGAUGACAUUUUACAACGUUUGGUAAAGCUAGAGAACAAAGUCGACUAUAUUGUUGUAAAUGGCUCAGCAACCAACACAACUAAUGGUACUAGUGGGAAUCUGGUGCCAGUAACCACACAUAAAAGGAUAAACACAUCAGGCAGCAUUAGAUAGCAGUUGAAGAUCACCUUGUGCUGCUGCAUCCACCGUGGAUUAUGUCCCAAGGCAGAAAAGCUCUUAAACUGCUGACUGACAUAAAGUAAUCCUUUCCAAUAAAAGCUCUGCACAUUUUCAAGGAG